UUCAAUUGAUGGGCUUGAACUAUUGAGAAAUUUAGAUGUGAGAGAAUGUGAGUUUCUCGAGCGAUUGUCGGCUAUUUCAUCAAGCCUAAGGAAGCUCGAUAAAAUGGAAGUUUUAGAUUGCCCAAAGCUACUUGAAAUUCAAUUUCCCAAGAUAAUGGAAUCAUUAGAGGAACUUCGAGUUGGCUACUGCGACUCCCUAGGAGGGUUGUGCGGUUUAUCAAACUCGAAGAGGCUAAAGGUUUUGCGGAUCUACCAAUGCAAUGGGCUACGGGUUGUUGAGGGCCUUGAAGAAUUGGAGCUUUUGGGUAUUUUGUAUUUUUCCAGGUGUGGAUCGUUGGAAAGGUUGACUGAUGUAUCCAACUCAAACAUACCAAAUGAAUGCAUGAUAGAAGUAUGGGGUUGCAUGAAACUAAGUAGUUAUGAGGGCACUUACCGGGAUUAUAAAGAGAUGAUUCUUGUCGGGAUGAGAAUGACAUUCAACGAGGAAGAUGCAGGGGAAACAGAUGCAGAAGAAUCAGUGAUGGAGACCAAUAACUACUAUUCUCAGAACUUGCCAUUGACUAUAGGUUUUCUAUGGUCUCCAGGACCCGACACUGAGCUCAAUUCUACAAGCUUGAAUAAUUCCCAAGUUCCUCCAUGAACCACAUCUUCAGAUGUUUCCAGAAGUUCAUGCUCAAUUCUCUAAGCAAAAUGUGACUGAUUCUAGCAAUGGAGAGAUGGAUGAAUUCACAAUGUGAUCGAGUUUGGGAAUCUGUGAAAUUGCCAGAAGUAAUGGAGUUUGCUCUGAGGACAUGUUCCCCUCUCCCAGGUCCAUCACAAGAGAAACUUUAUGUGGAUUUGUCCGAGAUGUGGAGGAGACCUCUAGUCCUAUGUGGUACCGAUUGAGUUCCCGGGAAAUGGAUUUUUGGACUUCACUGGAUAAAGCAGGCUUCCGAGGGACUAGUUUUCGGGUUGGUUAUGCUGAAGCUAUGGUGGAAUGGUUUCCAUACGCAAUAAAAUGAAGAGCUAGGAAUGACUUGCUGCAUAAUUAAGUAGCUCCUCCUGUUGAUGUUGGGAUGAAGUCCCUUAUGUUUGCAGUAAGAUUGAGCAUGGAAGGGUGCAUAAGCUGCUGCAGCAAAAGUCGACUCUGAUUUGGCAUUUGCCGAGGGCAUUGGUAUGCUUGGCCUUUAAUAACUAGUCUUGUGACUGUUUUGGAUACUUGGGCAGUCAGUGUUCACGUUCUAGUUGGAGCUAAGGAUGUUGCUUGACUAGUGUGCUAAUGAUAUUGUUAGGUUGAUAAAUUAUAUUGGGUGGACAUUUUGAUGGAGAUUUUGAUUAAUCAACUUUGAGGAUGGCAGGUC